AUGGAUUUUCUUAGUUUUGCAGACCUGAUAUCAAAGAAAACGCUAUCAACUGUCUCAUCCAGUCGGCCUCGUGGUAUACGUCCAAGUAAGGGUAAACCAGAGCCUAACAAAGAGGAUGUUGAUGAGGGCGAUCAAUAUAUUGAUAACAUAUUGCAAGAGUUAAGCGUUGAGCUCGAUGUGAAGAGAGGAGAAGAGGAAAGGCUUCAACGAAAAAUCGCAGACUUAUUGAAAGAGUGCGCUUCAGGGAGCUCGGCCAGUGAGCAAAGUCGGGCUUUUGGAAUGUCCGUGUCACGUUUUGUGGUUGCCGUACUGGAUGUAGCGAAAACUCGCGCUGUUGAGUGCCCUCAGCUUGCAGGUGAUAUGCGUAAUUUAGGCGUCUGCAUCGAAGAAGUGGAUCAGUGCAUAAAUAAUGAGGUCUGUGAACAGGCAGCGCAGGACAUUCAUCACUUUCUCACUCUGGAUAGCGAUGUUUUUCGAUUUAGUAGUGCAGCUCACAAAGAAAUGUCGCAACCUAAGAAGCAAAAACUCGAUCGAAAAGUCCCGGUAUUUACUGAAGAAGAAACCAAAACUUUGAUAUCUCUAUAUCUAAAGAAUAGAGACGAAUUCCACGGCAAAUUUAAAGCAGGAGGGAAAACGGGCGAAAGCGCACGUCAAAUUCUAUUGAAUGAAUGGGCCUUAGAGAUCUCUAGUUUGGGAGUCGCGAAAAGAACUAAAGAAAAUGUCGAAGAAAAGAUUAAAAAUGAAAUUAAAAAAGUUCAGAAGCACCUUAAGUUGGAGAAGGAAAAAUAUUCCGGAACGGGCGGUGGGAUUUUUGCAUUGCCUACAUUACCACCAUAUCUGAUUCCCCUCGCAGAAGUAUUAUCGGAAAAACACCACGUAUCUGGUGUGCCGGAAAUCGAUGAUUUUGAUGAUGACGAACAAAUGAAUGGCGAAACAGCUGCUGAAGAAAAGGAUUUGAUCACUGAUGAUCUAGACGCACAGCACACGCAUACUCUCAGGUCUUCUCAUAGGAAAAGUUUGUCUGCGAGCGCUCGAGAAACAUUGUCUCUUUUUACAGACAAGAGGUCCAUGUUAUAUGAAGAAGAGAUAAAGGUGGCGCAGAUGAAACAAAAAAAACUAAAACUGGAGAUCGAGGUAGCGGAAGUAAAACUGGAAGAAGCCAAAUUAGCUCUUGAAGUCACAAAGGCGAAGGCUGUUGCGGCUAAAAAUCCUUCGGCACAAGUUCCGUACUAUUUUGCAGGCCGUGACGAAUCAUAUAGUCCAAGUAUUGGAUUUUUUCUAUGA